AUUUAAAGAUGCCCCAUUUUGAAAACAAUUCGGACGCCUUGGUUUUUAUUUAAACCUAAACGACAACUAAGUUUGGAGACGGAGACCGAAACUUCUAGCAGGCAUGUUGAGGAAAGCAAUAGCUGGUUGUGCACAGCACACGCCGUGGCGCUUGAUAGUCAGCCGCCACUCCACCUCCAUCUCCUCCGCCGUGGACUCAAUCUUGCUCCGCUCUCUCAAAGAACACUACCAGGAAGUGUCCAAAAUGGCUCCUCCACCUAAGGUGAGUCCUCCUUUACCUUUUAAAAUAGUGACGGGGGCAUUGGAAGGCAAUGGGCCGGUUCUCAAGAGAACGUAUGGGAAUGAAGAGAUUAGUAUAUAUGUGAUGCGGCUGGCUUCAGUAGGUGGUGACGACGACGAUGAUGGAAUUAAUCAGUUGUUUGUUCAUGUGGAUGUUUCAAAGCCUGGCCAGAAGGAUUCUUUGCAUUUUCUUUGCGGGUUGUAUCCGGAUGCGUUGGGGAUUCACUCUGUUUCCAUGCGGCCUAAGCUUGAGAGUCAGGGUUUUCUUGUUGUUCCCUCUAAGUAUAAUGGUCCUGUUUUCCAAGACUUGGAUGAAAGGAUGAGAGAUUCAUUUCACAGUUACAUAGAAGAGCGAGGUAUAAAUGAGGGUCUCUUUCCAUUUCUUCAAGCUUGGCUUUAUGUGAAGGAUAACCGAAAUCUGAUGCGUUGGUUCAGAGCAGUGGGCACAUUCAUUACUGAAAAAAAUUCGGCUAAAAGUGCAUAGUAUUUGAUGUAUUUGACUGGGUUGAGAGAAAUGCUGUCAAUAUAGAAGGGUAGAAUGCCCCUCGGUGAUUGAUGCAUCUCCUAUGAGGUAGUUAGCAAGUAUUGAUUAAGUUCUAAAUUAGCUUGGCAGUGCAAUUCUGGCACCUCAAAACUUUUUGUUUUUCUCUCAUAUAUAACAUGUCUUCUUUUCUGCUAUGUACAAUUUUCAUUUUAGAAAGAUCAUAAUUACUUCACCUAAUUAACCAUUUCUUGGUAACAAUACGGUAGACCUUCUAAGGUUGGUCAUUUUGUAGAUUCUAUGUUUGUCAUCCUUGUGAUUGUUGUAUUGGUGGUAUAAAGUCUUCCUGGUCUUUGGAGGAAUCUUGUAUCAAUUUACUUGUGUCUUUUCUUGCUUGACUGAUAACGAAUAAAGAAACUAUAAAGAAAGAGAUUUAUUUU